ACAAAAAUAAAAGUUUCUAUUGAAGGACUUAGAACUGCUGAUAUUAGUGAUGCUGCUCUCACUGCUGCUAUUGCUGAAGCUCCUGUUGGUGUUUGUAUUGAUGCAAGUCAAAUAUCUUUCCAAUUAUAUAAAUCAGGAGUUUAUGAUGAACCAAAAUGUAAGAAAAUAAUGAACCAUUGUGUUGCUGCUGUUGGAUAUGGAUCUCAAGAUGGUCAAGAUUAUUACAUUGUAAAAAAUUCAUGGGGAAGUUUUUGGGGAAUGGAUGGUUAUAUUUUAAUGUCCAGAAAUAAGAAUAAUCAAUGUGGUAUUUGCACAGGAAUUUCAUUCCCAGUUGGGGUAAAAGAGAUUUAA